AUGAAAUUCUUUCCGAACGGUCGACGGUUUUUAUUAGCCGGCAUUAUACCGGCUAUUGACCAUAGUGAAAAUGACGUUAUCGGUAAGGAAACGCCAACAUACAAAGCCUUUCUCCAAGGCAAACAGCCCGAAGGAUCGGGCAUGGAGCGUUUGAAGCACAUCUUCACCAUUGAUGAAUUCGGCACCAUAUCCCCAGAGCUGAACUCCAUAUACCAAGCGGGCUUUCUAGGCUUCCUUGUUGGAGCUUGCUAUGGUGGUAUUACACAAUCCCGCGUUAGCUACAUGAACUUCAUGGAGAACAAUCAGGCAACGGCUUUUAAGUCACAUCUGGAUGCCAAGAAAAAGCUGCAGGAUCAGUUCACAGUCAACUUUGCCAAAGGUGGCUUCAAGUGGGGCUGGCGUGUGGGACUCUUCACAACUUCCUAUGUUGGCAUCAUUACCUGCAUCUCAGUUUAUCGCGGCAAAUCAAGCAUCUAUGAAUACCUGGCAGCUGGCUCCCUCACCGGAGCUAUCUAUAAGCUCAACUUGGGACUGCGUGGCAUGGCAGCUGGCGGCAUCAUUGGAGGCUUCAUGGGUGGCGUAGCAGGCGUUGCUUCGCUGCUGCUGAUGAAGGCAUCCGGCACCUCGAUGGAGGAAGUGCGUUACUGGCAAUACAAAUGGCGUGUGCAACGCGAUGAGACGAUUAAUCAAGCUUUCAGGAAUCAGGCACAGAAGGAUGCACCAGAACUGUUCACAGCUCAUGACACUCGAGUAGGCGACAAGAUCAGCUUGGAUCCCGUGAAGUAAACACAAACAUCUAAACUCAAUCCCUAUUUGAAUUCUAUGUUGAACGUUGAAAAACAGUGAAAUAAGUUCGAGACGCUGCUUAAGUUUAAAAACUGUAAAUUUAGUUGAUUUUUAAUUAAAUAAUAAAUUGCAAUAAUGUCCAUGCGGAAAGUAA